AUGUCGCAGUUGUUAGCCAGGGGCUCACCUGUGUGCCAGACCAAAUUCAAUAGUCCCUUCAUUAACAGGAUGAUUGCAUCUCAUAUCAAACGACUUCCUCUACAAAAUACCCAGACUGUCCUAUCCCACAGCGAUGGGAUGGGACAUGACCUGAAUUUAGAUUCUAGAACUGAAUGUCAUCUCUUGGGACUACUCUUUUCUGUAAAUCGAGGAAAUGCAAGUUCAGUUCAAAAUGAGAUAACAGUAGGUGGAUAUUACAGGCUGAACCAAAAUUCAUAUGUUGAAGCCCUCACCCCCACAAACUCAGAAUGUGAUGUAUUUGGAGAUGAGACUUUCAAAGAGAAAUCCUCUUGCUAUAUUCCCAUUGUGAGAAGUGCAACCUUGUGGGAGAGGAGCGUAUCACACGCAAAUCCCAGCCCUCAUCAUGAGAGAACUGCUUUGCCCUGCUCCAGAUUUAUCGGUCACAUGAAGAAAUUCUCUGAAUCUCUUAAAUUUAGCAGUCUACGUUUUCUGCGUUAUCCAGUAUUUCCAGAAGUGAUUCAGACUCCAGUGGCAUGUAAAAAACUGCUUUAUACUUGCCAGUACAGUAUCCCCAGCUCUCCUGAUGUAAGCAGAGCUUCUUUCGAAGAAGAAAACCAUGAAGAAGCCAGUUCUCACACAACAUCAUCCAGCGAAUGGUACGAGAACCCACUGAUCUUCACCGUUAGACAAGAAAUUAAUAAGAGAGACAGAGAAGCACCCAAGCAGGCCUGGAGCAGUCUAGUUUUGGAAAAGCCAGUGACAGAAAUGCCUAUUCCAUCUUACUCAGCGUAUCCUUUGCGCCUGGAGGCUGCAGGGACACAGCUCAUUAGACACGUGAGACUUCAGAACCAGCCCUCUCGAAAUUCCAAGAGAAAUCCUGUCCCACCUGGUACCACUGAGAGGCCUUCCACUGCCAUUGGUCUCUGCGGGAGAAGCCAGACCCCCUGGGCCCCUAUGAGAGUCUCCUGGAGUUCCUCAGACACCAUGCUGGAGGAGAGGAUGGCAGCCACAGCAGACGCUCUGGCAAACCCAGAUUCCCAAAGCAGGCUCCAGGGUGUGCCCGGAAAUCCAGUCGGAAGAGACACAGUUGCCAUGACACCGGAGAUGCUCCCCAAGCAUCUUCAUCCCCUGGGGAAAAAGGAGCCCAGGGCAGACGCCUCCCCCCAUGACAGUCUGGCAGGAGCGCCCCUUCUUCAGCUUGCCGGGUCUCCCACCCAUCUCCCCACAAAGAGGUUAAUCGUGACUUGCUCUUAUCCCCCCUCCCGUCCACCGCAGCGUUUCCAUACGGUUUGUUCACAGGCCCCUCCUAGGCUGAGGGUGAAUGCUCACUUAUAUUGA